AUGCAAACAGCUACCUGCUGUUUCUUAAUUAAAGUAUCUAUAGAUAUUGAUGUCUCUGGUGAAUAUCAACAACAAACGAAAACAAGAGACCAAGUGGACUACCACACCAAGCAUUCCCUUUCGCCUAACAUAGAUGUAGACUACCACAUUAUGCGUUCCCUUGCAUCUAAGAUGUAUGACUUAGCACUAUCCGUUGGCAUCUUGAAUGAACCAGGAAGAUCCACCAGCACUUGCUGCGUUCUGCAAACUGGGUAUUGGCAGGCGGAGACUACACUAAAGUGCACAAAUACAUCGCACAGGGCAGCCCUUGUGCUUGUGGUUCGCUGUUUGCCAGUCUUCGGUUGGACAUUGCGUAACCCCCCUAUAAGUAACCAAAAUGAAAAUUGUAUUUCCAAACUCCACCUUUAUAGUAGUGUUAUCUAUUACAUGAUCUACAUAACAGCACACUCUUAGGCAGACUUCCGAAUAGAUUCACAUCACCAACAACACACUCACACAGAUAACAAUUCCACUUGGAAACUUCUUCUGUCAUAUUCAGUAUGAAGAUAUUCCUCGGUAGCCAACUUUAUGUCUACUGCAGAAAGGUUAAUGUGACAGAUAAUUUCUAUCGAAGCGCCCCAUCACAGAAGACACGAACAAACGCUGGUUUACUUGUGGAGUCAUUGCAAAAAAGACUAGACGACCAUAUUCAAAUGUACAACGCCGCACAUAAUUAUUGGUGAUAGAAGUUGUACCAGGGAUC